UUAGAGAUACUCAACGAUAGUAUUAGAGAUGGGGUUUCUAUUAGGGCCCAUUUGUUUUAUUUUAUUUUUCUACUACAAGGUUGUUAUUUUUAUGCAUUUUGGUACUUUGGUGUAUUCUUUUCAUUUGUUAGCAUGAGUCCAUUUUGUCCAUCACGACGAGCCCAGUAGAGUAAUUAUUGUGAGUCGGACAUUAUGUUAAUAUUUUUCGAUAAUGUUAAAUAGAUUGUUAAGUAUUCAUAUUUGUUAUCGCUUGGUGCAUCCUUAAGGGUAUUGCUUGUAGAUAUUGUUGCGACCUGAAGACUUCCAUCUUUAUAUAAGGGAUAGUCUCCUUGAUCACGACAAUAUUUAUUACUGCACCAUAACCACAAGUAAUACCUCUAAAAGUGCAAAAGGCUAUAAUAAACAAAAAUACUUAAUAUUUUUUAACAUUAUAAAAAAAUGUUAACACAAUACCUGACUCAAAAUAAUGACUCUGUUAGACUCAUGACGACUGAUAAAAUGGACUCAUGCUGAUAAAUGGAAACUACCAAAAUACAUAAAAGUAAGAAUUCCUGUAAUAACAAAUAAAACAAAACAAAUGAAUCCUAAUAGAAAUUGUCUCCAAUACUAUUGCUAAGCAUCUCUAAGUUUAUCCUAUAAAAUUGCCCAAACUUUGAAGUUCAGCUCAGGUCUGCGAAUCUGUAGGUCAAAGGAAAAGAGGGAGUGAGCAUAUAGUGCAAAGUGUAGUAAGAAGAAAAGUGCACGAACCAAAAUCAUAAAAGGUACAUUGUAGCAGCACCAGCCAGAAACUCCUGCAGUUAGCUGAGGCAUUAAUGAAGAAGCACAUGGCUUCCAAUAGCCUGCAUGAUCCGGAAGCACUCGUCCUAUACUUGUCGCUUCUGGAACAACAAGAAAAGUUUGACGCUGCUGUGGAAGUUCUAUCUGGGGAUCUUGGCUCUCUUAUAGGAAUUCAAGAGGACAAAUUGCGGAUCCAGGGGAGGCUUCUAGCUCGUGCAUGCAACUAUUCUGCCGCUACUGAGAUCUUUGAGAGGGUUCUAGUGUCAUGUCCUGAUGAUUGGGAGGUAUUCCUGUGCUAUCUAGGCUGUCUGUUGGAGGAUGAUCUAAAUUGGUUAAAGAUGGAUGCUACCAUGCAAAUCUGCUCACCAUCUUUUGAUGACAAUGGAGCUUGCAAGGCAAACCACUUGAGCAAUGAUGAGUUUAAUUCCCGCAUCUCCAGUGCAGUGUCACUUGUUCAGAGGCUGCAAACGGAUUGCAAUGGCAGUUUUGUCAGAGGUGCUUUCCUAGCAAAUAUUGAAAUUGAACGCCGUUGUCGGUUGUGUGGUACCAAGCAUGAUGACAACUUUGUGGAGGCUUUGCUAACUUACUUCUAUAGGUUUGGACACUUAUCUUGUUUUGCUUCUGAUGUGGAAAAUUUUCUCCACUUACUUACUCUAGAAGAGAAAGAUAAAUUUCUAGAGAAGCUCAUGAAAACAUUAGAGUCCCCCCCUGCAUCUCCACUAAAAGCACUGGAUCAAGCUAUCUCCAUUUUCAAAGUUCAUGAGUCUCUUGGUGUCAUGUUCUCUCUCCCUCUUACAGACCUGGAAGUCACUACUAAAAGAAUGCUACAGAUGUACUGUAAAAAUCUUACACUAUCAAAGGACUUGGAUCCUCAAGAAAACAUGCAUGGAGAAGAGUUGUUGUCAAUGAUCAGCAAUAUCCUUGUCGUUCUAUUUUGGCGCACACGGAUAUUAGGAUAUUUAUUGGAGGCAAUUAUGGUUUUGGAAUAUGGGCUAACCAUCAGAAGAUAUGUCUGGCAGUACAAAAUUCAACUGGUGCAUUUAUAUUCUCUUUUGGGAGCUCUGCCCCUGGCUUAUGAGUGGUACUGUAUGCUGGAAGUCAAGAAUAUCCUGGUUGAAACAGUUUCACACCAUAUCUUGCCCCAAAUGCUGAAUUCACCACUUUGGUCAGAGACUGGUGAUCUCUUGAGCGAUUACUUGAAAUUUAUGGAUGAUCAUUUAAGAGAAUCUGCUGAUUUAACUAGUGUUGCAUACAGACAUCGUAACUACUCGAAAGUAAUAGAGUUUGUUCAGUUCAAAGAACGCCUUGGGCAUUCUAGUCGACUUCUGACAGCAAGGCUUGACGUGCCCAUUUUGCAACUGAAGAAGAAGGCAAAUAGUCUUGAGGAAGUUGAGUGUAUUUUUGAAAAUCUGAAUUGUGGUUCCAAAUUGCUUGAGAUGUCAAAUGAGAAUAAAAUGAAAGUUUUGACAUUUAAUGAAGAUUUUCAUGCAAGACCUUGGUGGUCUCCUACCCCCAAUAUAAAUUAUCUUGCAGAUAAUUUUGAAGAAGGAUUUCCAUGGUUAAAAGAGAAAUUGAACAAGAAGAAGAAAGCUGUAGAAGAGGAAGGCAUUGUGAAGAAAUUAAUUGAGAGGAAAUCUCUUCUUCCUCGGCUAAUCUAUCUAUCAAUUCAGAUCAGUCCCAUUUCACUUAAAGAAAACGUGGGUAAUGGCUCUUUACAUGAUGCUGAUGCCAUCGGAGAGAUAAAAUCGCUUUUGGAGAAAUAUGCUAGGAACAUAGGUCUUUCUUUUGAUGAUGCAAUGAGUCUGCUGCUUGCCAUCUUCAAGGGUCAAAAACCUCUAAAGGAUCUAGGUCCAGAUAUCAUCAGCUGGCUAAACUUUACAGUUUUUGUUAAUGCAUGGAAUUUAUGCUGCCAUCAGUUGGAGUCACCCAGAAAGGAUAGCUCUAUGAAUUCAUGGAGUGUUGUAGAUUACAUGUUGAGGUCCUGUAUUUCUGAGCAAUUAACACAUCCAGAGACUGUACUUGCAGUUCCAGGAAGCAACCUUCCAGUUUUGGUGCAGCUGGUAGCAGAGCCUUUGGCUUGGCAUAUUUUGGUAAUUCAGUCAUGUAUCAGAUCAAUGCUUCCAGCAGGGAAAAAGAAAAAGAAAACUGGUUUGGUGGAUUCCCUGAACUCAUCCUAUGCUCAUGCUGUAUGUGAUUCAGUUCAGUGCUUAAUUUCGGUGCUACAAGAUAUAGGUAAGUGGGUGUCUAAUCAAAUUAGAAAGUCCGAGGAUCAGGAUGUGGAUAGACUACUGUCUCAUUUACAGAGAAGCAGCAGCAAGGAAGAACUAGGCUCUAUUCUUUCUAUAUUAGAAGCGAGUGAAUCUAUGAGCGUGUCUGAAGUAGGAGAGAGAAUAUCAGCAGCUUCACAAUCGUGGAGUGCUGCAACCGUGUGCAGAAAAAUAUCUGCAGCACAACAUAGCUUGCUAUCGCAGUUUCUCAGCAUAUGUGAAUCCAAGUUGAAGCUGCUAUAUUCCAUUAACAAGUCGAUAUAGACUGGCAGGCAGGAACUGAGGUGAGUUUCUGUAUUUGGAGUUCGUGAUGGCAAUACACAAACAAUGGUCAUCUGAUAUUGCCUGUUGACUACGAGCAAAAGCCUCACAUUCAAACUCCAUCUUUUCUCCUGACAGCAUGUGCGGAUUGUAAAUUUUUGAAUAUGUUAAUUCUUGUAAUACCUUUUUAUCUUCCUCUUAUGAUACCAAUGAGGUAUUUAUAGUGAGGUUUUUCUACAUCUAUUUAAAUCAGGAUUACAGUUCAUCCCUUGAACAUAUGUAAACACUUCUACUGUUUGAAUUUUAAGGAAAAUGAAGUUUGCAAACAA